CCCUCCUGCCUGCCUUGUUCAUUAAGUAAAUUAAAAACAUUAACCUAUUAAAUAAACAAAACCCUACCCACUGUUUCAUCUCUCUCACUCUCACCGCACCAAAUAAUUCAUUUUGAAUAAAAAAGAAAAAAAAAAAACCUCAGUACUACAUAGAAAAGAUAAAGAUAAACCAAGCAAAGUACAAAAACUCCAUUUCAUCUUUGAAGAAAAGAAACAGCAACAGCAAACAUGAAGAUAAAGAACAAAGGUAAAGUAUACCCAUCUCCCUCUCCGUCUUCUUCUUCUUCUUCUUCUUCUUCUUCUGCAAACGGAGACUAUCUUUCUGGGUUGAAGCUUCUCCCUGCUGCCAUUAUUGCUCUUGCAACCGUCCUCCCUCUUGAGGACCGUGAGGUUUUGGCUUAUCUUAUCACCAGGUCGAUCAAAACAACAGCUACAACGUCGUCUUCAUCAAUCAUCCAGAGGAAGUCUUCAAAGAAGACUGCUGCAAAUGGUAGCAACAACAACGGCAACGGCAGCACUGUUACUCAUAAGCCUCCUGUGUUUGAUUGCGAUUGUUUUGACUGUUAUACCAGUUACUGGUUCAGAUGGGAUUCUUCUCCGAACCGGGAGCUCAUUCACCAAGCCAUUGAAGCCUUUGAAGACCACUUGACCAACGGUGAAGCUCAAAAAUCGAAGAAAAAUGGGAAAGCCAAGAGAAGAGACAAAACAGCGCGCCGUUUUGGUGCCGAUAAUAACAAUAACCAAGUUCUCAAUGUCCUCCUCCUGGGUCAACCCGAAAGUUCUGUUCCGGAAAAACAAGUUGAAGACUCCAAACAACCCACCAUUAACGUUGUUGUUCCCGACGAGGCUUUUUUGGAAGACGACGUGGCACCCGUGAAUUCGCCUACAAAAGAGUUUGAGGAGAAUGAGGUGAUGGAGUUUUCCGGUGAAUCUAAGCCAGCGGAGGACGAGACGACGACAGAGGUCAUGCAGACAACGGCGGCGGGAGGUAGCUGCAACCACAAGGGUUUGGCUAGAAAAGUGCUGCCGGACGUGUUAGGGUUAUUCAAUUCUCGUUUGUGGUCCCUUUGGAGUCCGAAUGCUUAGGUCAAUAAAUAUGAAUUUUUUAUUUUUCAAUCACUUUCUUUUUCUCUUUCUUUGUUUUUUUAAUUUCCGAGCCAAGAGCCCCUCCCCC